AUGUUUCUGCAGUCGUACUCCGCCGUGGCCGUCUUUGCUUUCGCGAUUCUGUUGAAUAUCUUCUACUUGUACUCACCCGCCGAAUCAUCCGAAGACGGCUGGUUGUUCCCGACGUGCGAGUUAUGUCUUAAGUCGGAUUGUCACGUCAAGAGGAAAAGGCCGUGCUUCACCACAUUCGACGUUGAUUUCAAUUUCACAUGUUUUACGUGUGACCCCGAAAAUCUCAACCCACAGUUCUAUUCCUACUUGGAAUGCUUGCAAGGCUGCACGGACAUGUUGAAGACCUGCGUUUGUUCCGGAGCGUGUUACAUGUGUGUCAUAAAGGAGGGUUCCGAAUUGUUUGAUUUCAAGGAUUGCACCGUAUCAGUCAAGGAGAAGAAACCAACGUGCGUGUAA